AUGCCAACAGAUCCUGUGAAUGUUGAUGAUUCCGGUAUAAAAAAUCGUGAUUUUUUUCAUCAAUGGGCUCCACAACAUUCUUUAAGUGGGGAGGGAAAUAAUCUAUCAAGAUCGAUGUCAGUACAUCUCCAUUCGACUUCUCGAAGAAUUUUUAUUGGCCCGAUUCCAGCAAAUUGGAAUUAUAAAAAAAAGUCAAUAUGGUUCUCUAAAAGUGAAAAGGCUGUACAUCACGGUACAAGAAGGAGAAAAACCUUUAGAGCUGCCUCUGAUGUUACUGGGCCAAAUAAUGUUUCUUCUCUCGCUCUCGAUUAUAAUAUCCCUGAUGAUCAAUGUGAAAGGCCAAAUAUGAUAACAGAUGCUCCUUUCCUUGUUGAAGAACCAGAAGAGUUAGAAAUUUUAGGUCCAGAUAUGGAUCGUACAUCAAUUAGUAGAGAGGUCUUUUAUACUCCAUCCGAGGAUGUAAAAACAUUUCCUGUUACACCACCACACAAUCCUCGUUUGUUUAGUUCAAAAGAAUAUGAAUCUCGGACAUUACAAUUACAUUUACAACCAACUAUUAUUAACUCUUCUCUUGAAGUGAAUGACAAUCAACAUGAUGAUGCUUCAAUAUCAUCAAUAAAUUUAUCAGAUUCUCCUAUUGAUCAUGAUGAAAUUAUUAUUAAUGAUCCGAAUUCUGAUAUAAACAAUGCUAAUUUAGAUGCUGAGUCUUUUAAUAAUCCCGUUUAUGUAGCAGGAUCUGUCAUCAAGGAAGAUUGUAUAUUGAUUAGGGUCGAGCGUGUAUAUCAUUCAGGUAUUCCAAGAAUGUAUAAUUAUUCCACUUCAAGGAAAUAUCUUACUCAUUCCGUAGGAUGGAGAGAGUACCUUAAGAAACCUGUUGAUACAAUUGUUUUUUCUUCUUCAACUCGAUUAUCUCUCUAUUCACCAGUUGAUUAUACAAUAGCUUUAUCUACUCCAAGUGAUUAUGGAAUGAAAGUAUUUAUAUUUCGACCAAAAACUUAUACCCAAAGUGUUGGAUGGUAUCGCGCUUUGUAUCAUUUGCUUAAGGAACCGUCCGUGAAACCAGUUCCUUCUGUUUGUGAGAUAGUUGUACCUGAUCUGGAUGUUCGAGUACAAAUUCCAUUAGAAAAUGGAAGGCAAGCAUUUAUAAUCACUGCUGAAGAAAUAACUAAAAUUGUUUUGGAUGAAUUAAGUGGUAUAAACGAAUGGGAAGAUGUAUUGAAUGAAUGGUUACAAAAUUGUGAUAUGAGAUUAUGUUGGAAAAGAUAUGAUCGGAUAGAGUGGAUUGUUUGGGAAACAAAUGAAGAUGAAAAUGAUAGGUGUGAUUUAUUAGCGUGUCCUCAAUUCAUUGAAGGGACCCAUCAACUACAAUUGCGGUGCACAGAACAUUAUCCAACGUCCGUAACGUUACCUGAUGAAACAAAGUUACAGGAACCACCGUCAGUUGAAGGAUACCUCAUUAGAGUUACAAACGAAAAAGGUCGUAAAAACAGAUCAAAACGACUAUAUUUUUCGUCACAUGAUUAUUAUUUAUUUUUUAUGAAACCGUUCGUUGCGAGCCCUCCACCUCCACCAUCAACAUCUUCGUCACCUAUAUCUGAUUCUGAGUCUGGAACACCGAAAACCGACAAAACUAAUUGCAAACGGCCAUUAAUAUAUGCUGUUUCCCCACAUGUUCAAGUACCAGAACACGCCGCUGCUUUUAUUAAGGCGGAUAGUAAAAGGCGUGUUAAGCAAAUUAUAAAUUCAUAUGGAUUCAUUAAUUUGAUUGAUAUUAAAGAAGUAAGAUCAUUAAUGGACGAUAAUAAUGAGAAUGGUUGUGAAAUUGAUCAUAUAGAAGAUCAAUCUCAAGAGCGUGAACUCGAAAAAAAAGGAUGUCCUUUUGAAGUGGUCAUGAUGAAUGGAAUGACUAUUGUUUUAGAGGCAUAUUCUAAAACAACAAAAAAACAAUGGGUAAAAAGUCUCAAUGAGCUUGCCAAAUACUGGAAAGCUCGCCUUGCUGAUGACGUAAAAAUUCGAAUUAGUAUGUUUAAAAUAAAUCAGUUUAAUGAUUAUGAUGAUGAUAGCGCAUUUAUAGGUGAUGGUUUUCAUGGAAAUUGGGAUAAUUUUCGAUCAUAUGCAAGUCCUACAAUUUGGCAUUGGUGUAUUUUAAAUGGAUGUCGAGGUAUUACGAAAUCUGGAUUACUAUAUCAAAAAGUUCAUUACUAUGGAAAUUUUAAUAAUUAUUAUCAUGUUUUAACAAGAGGUUACCUAAUAUUUUAUCGGCUUUAUUCUUGGUCGAUAAUUGGAAGAAAAGCUCACCGAAGUUAUCAUAGGCGGAAAGGCAUUAUCAAUCUAUUAGAUUGUUAUGUAUACUCGGGUCAUAUAACCGAUCAUGAUUUGUCCUAUUCUAGCACUCCAUAUCGCGUGGGCAAUGAGAUGCACAAUUUUCCCAGAAUAUACAGUGAUGGAAUGUAUUGUUUUGAUGAAAAGGAUGAGUGUACAUUUGUUAUUUGGCAAGGUAAUAAACAUCAUGUAAUCGAAAGAUCUGGGGUUAUUGGUGUAGAAUUUCGAAAAAAGGCAAAGUUAGAUUCUACUGGUAAAGUUUGGGUAUUUCGAGCUAGGAAUAGGAGUGAAAGAGAAGAAUGGGUUUGGGCAUUAAAUGUUGAAAUUGAAAGGUGCUUGAUGGAACAUCAUAGGACUAUUGUAUAA